AAGCUUUCACUGGUAAAACCCUCUUUCAAAACCCAAAGAAAAGCUCCAACGCGCAUAAAAAAUGGAAUCAUCGGGUUCUUCUCCAUUGUCUCCGAUUCAUUUUGCAUUAGCAACUUUAUUUGGUGCUUCAGUAAUGGCAAUCUCAGCCUUUUAUAUACACAAGCGCAGUGUUGAUCAAGUCAUCGACCGACUCAUCAAGCUCCGUCGACGGCCCGAUCGUCUUUUAACCGACCACGAAGAUUUCUCUGGAUACGAAGAUGGAGAUAUUGAUACUGAUGAUAGAGUUUAUCUUGAUGACGACGACGAUGAUGAUGGUGAUGAUUAUGUGAGGAAUACUCAUGCUUAUGGUAUGUCGUGCUCGUUGCCGAAUGUAGGGCUGGCUAAUGAAUGGACGAGUGAGAAUGCGAGUAAACCGGUGUCGUUUGGUUCAUUGGAGAAACUUAUUUCGGAUAACUUGCCACCUCUUCGAAUGAAUCAGAGACAAGGAGAUCAUCACCAUGAUAAUCAAUCUAACCCUAAGAUGAGAGUUGGUUCUUAUGGUAGAAUUCAUACACCAAGAUCACCAGCUAGCUAUGCAUAUGAUGGUGCUGACAAUUCUGAUGAUGAUGGAACUGAGACUGCUGUUGGGGAGGACACUGAGUAUUUUGAUGAAGGCAUAAACUCUUCAGCAAAUGAUAUAUACUCAAACAUUCAAAGUAUGUCAUUGGUUCCUACACAACCUGAAAAUGCAAACAAUGAUCUAACUAAUUUACAUAGGAAAGUUGCUAAAGAAGUCAACUCAACUGUUGACCAUGGCAAUGAGAAGGUGGAACUUUUUUCAGAGAACAACAUUCCAGUCAAUGAUGGCAACAACAUUUUACCUGAAGCAACAAUGAUGAAAGAGUCAUUGAAUCAUGAAGAGGAAGAAGUUCGGAAAAUGAUACGCGAAUGUUUAGACUUACGCGAUAAAUAUGUUUUUAGGGAAAAGAAUAUUCCAUGGACACAUAUGGAAGACUCUUCUUUAUCUAUUAAACAUGACAAAAAUGACCCCUUUCGAUUUAUACCAGUUGAAUCAACUAAACACCAUUUCAAGAUGGAAGAUGGAGUUAUACAUGUCUAUGCAAGUGAAAAUGAUUCUGUUGAUCUCUUUCCUGUUGCAAGUGCAACAACUUUUUUCACUGACAUGCAUCACAUUCUCAAAAUAAUCUCUGUUGGAAAUGUUCGUUCUGCAUGUUAUCAUCGAUUAAGAUUUCUUGAAGAGAAAUUCCAUCUUCAUCUGUUAGUGAAUGCAGAUAGUGAGUUUUUAGCUCAAAAAGGUGCCCCUCAUCGUGACUUUUACAACAUUAGAAAAGUUGACACUCAUGUUCAUCAUUCUGCUUGCAUGAAUCAAAAACACCUUUUGAGAUUCAUUAAAUCCAAAUUAAGAAAAGAACCUGAUGAGGUUGUUAUAUUUCGUGAUGGACAAUAUCUGACACUGAAAGAAGUCUUUGAGAGUUUGGAUUUAACAGGGUAUGACCUUAAUGUUGACUUAUUGGAUGUCCAUGCGGAUAAAAGUACAUUUCAUCGAUUUGACAAAUUUAACCUCAAGUAUAAUCCCUGUGGACAGAGUAGACUCAGAGAAAUCUUUUUAAAGCAAGAUAAUUUGAUUCAAGGUCGUUUCUUGGGAGAGUUGACAAAGCAAGUUUUAUCAGAUCUUGAUGCAAGUAAAUACCAGGUGGCGGAGUAUAGGGUUUCCAUAUAUGGAAGGAAGCAAAGUGAAUGGGAUCAGUUAGCAAGUUGGUUCAUCAACAAUUCAAUUUACAGUGAGAAUGCUGUUUGGCUUAUUCAACUUCCACGACUCUACAACAUAUACAAAAGCAUGGGAACAGUGACAUCCUUCCAGAACAUUCUAGACAACGUCUUCAUUCCACUUUUCGAAGUCUCAGUUGACCCAAAAUCUCACCCUCAACUCCACAUUUUCCUUAUGCAGGUAGUUGGGCUUGACCUUGUGGAUGAUGAAAGCAAACCCGAAAGGAGGCCUACUAAACACAUGCCAACACCAUCUGAAUGGACAAAUGACUUCAAUCCUUCAUACUCAUAUUAUGCUUAUUAUUGCUAUGCUAAUCUCUAUACAUUAAAUAAACUCCGUGAAUCUAAAGGACUGCCAACAAUCAAAUUGCGUCCUCAUUGUGGAGAGGCGGGUGAUAUUGACCAUUUAGCAGCUGGGUUUCUUCUAUGCCAUAAUAUUUCACACGGGAUCAAUCUACGGAAAUCUCCCGUAUUGCAGUAUUUAUAUUAUCUUGCUCAGAUUGGAUUGGCUAUGUCUCCAUUAAGCAACAACUCCCUUUUUCUAGACUACCAUCGAAACCCAUUUCCUAUGUUUUUUCAACGAGGGUUAAAUGUGUCACUUUCCACGGAUGACCCGUUACAAAUCCAUUUAACAAAAGAGCCAUUGGUCGAAGAGUAUGGUGUUGCAGCCAAGGUUUGGAAGCUGAGUUCGUGUGACCUUUGUGAGAUUGCGAGGAACUCUGUAUACCAGUCUGGAUUCUCGCAUGCAGCAAAGGCACAUUGGUUGGGAGGGAAGUAUUUCAAGAGAGGGCCUGAAGGGAAUGAUAUACAAAAGACGAAUGUACCCAAAAUGAGGAUUAGUUUUCGACACCAGACAUGGACUGAAGAAAUGCAGUAUGUGUAUUCAGGACGUGCCAAAUUACCUCAAGAAGUUGAUUUUUAAUUGCUGCAACUGCCAAAUGGAAUUUCAAUCACAUUAUAUAAUAUAUUAUUAUAUGUUAUGUUAUA